AUGCUGGUGCGAUCACAUUAUCCCAAAAAGAAAUCUUUGAGAAAAGGUUUUAAGAGUCUGCUGCGUGGACCUCUGGAGAAACGUGUGAAGCCUUCACGCACUGAACUCCAGAAGGCAGAUAAGGAGAAGAGAGAGAAGGAGAAGGAAGAAAAGGAGAAGGGAAAGUCACGUACCCAAGCAUCCGCAUCAUCGACAUCGGCAGCAAAGCCUUUGAUACCCUCCGAAGUAGAAAGACUCGGAGCCCAGGCUUCGGAAACACAUCUGUUACCAGAAACACCGAACCCUCUUUUAGAGAGCAACGUCGAAAGCCCCGUGGUUCAGAAGCAGAUAUUUAUUGGAACAAACGACAUCAACAUCGACGAGUCCAACAUCACUGCCAUCGACCCUCCGGAUCAAUCUCAGGCACGAACCCUUUAUCCUUUGGAAUACAACACUCUCGUUACCUCAACUCCCUAUUCAGAGCCAUACUUGCUACCAAUAUCAGAGCAGGACAUCCAGUAUACUGCUCCCAGUUUUACCUCCUCUAUCAACCAAGCAUCUGUCUUGGAGUUUGAUAUCAAUGACAGCUUUACCCUGCCAGAGUCAACCCAGACAUCCGGGACACAAUUUAGUGCUCCCUCUAUCCAGAGCCCUCUAGUACCAGACUACAACCAAGACUUUGGUAACCACUCCGGCCUUGCUUGGCCUUCAGACAUGGGACAAGACAUGGAACAAGAAAUACCACCACCUGCCCCCGUCCUCCCCGCCUCUUCUUCUGCUGGACAGAAUUUGAAAUUAGUCAAAGCAAUAUACGAUGGUGGCUAUUCAACCCGCCAAGAGGUCACAUUCGAUCGCAGUUUUGACUUGAGCUUCAUAGCCCAAAGUUCUGUCGAAAAACUCCAACGUUUGUUCCCUAUACAAGUCAUAAGUGUCCCACCAGGCAUUGCCAAAAAGACGGAAUGUCCCAGUGGUGCAUUAAUCGAAAUCGAACAAAUCUUAUACGCCUGGAUAGAGUUCGAGUCUAAUCGCCUCCCAUUCCCUCCUACCCGGUCACUGUUCGUCGUAUACAAUGACUUCAUAGGCGACGAUGGUAUUCAUAUAACCUUGGGCCGUGAUUGGGUCAACAAAGUCGAACAGGCCUGUCAUCAAAUUGGCUAUCAAAGUCAGCUAUAG